UUUGAUUCCACAUCUUUAUUCAUGUUUCUCCAUUACCAUGUUUUUCGUUUUAGUGGUGCCAGAUUAAUUCACUCAGUUCAUUGAUAAAAAAAAUUGAUAAAAUUUUUAUUUUUUUCUUCUCGCGCAUACGCGCUGGGAGAAGUAGACUCAUCGAAAGUUAAAACUGUUAAAAGUGGUAGUUAUGUCCGAAAAUAAUACAACUGGAGAUACAUCAACGUACGUCGACAUGGAUGAAUCUACGCAACAGCUUCCACCAAUUGACUUCAAUGCCGACCGCUUUCCAUUCUCCAUUGUUUGGACACCGAUUCCAAUGUUGACCUGGUUCUUCCCAUUCAUUGGCCAUAUGGGUAUUUGUAUGUCUAAUGGCGUUAUUAGAGAUUUUGCUGGGCCCUACUUUGUUUCAGAAGACAACAUGGGAUUUGGACGACCCGCUCGAUAUCUGCGCCUGAGUCCCAAGAACGUCGAAGGCGGUUCUUUAAUGUGGGACGAAGCCGUAUCCAAAGCUUCCGUGCUCUACGGCACACGAAUGCACAAUCUUUUUUGUGAUAACUGUCAUUCUCAUGUGGCGACAGCAUUGAAUUUUAUGCGUUAUAGAGGUUCGAGUUGGAACAUGGUGAAACUCGCAGCUUGGAUAUUUUUCUGCGGUAGAUACGUGGGUGUAAUGGGUUUCAUCAAAACCUGGUUGCCGUUCCUUAUCGUUGUUACAUUGUGUACUUUGCUGGGAGUUUAUUUUUAAUGUUGGUGAGAGCAGACAAAUGACGCGACCAACAUCAAUGAUGCAUUUUUAGUGUCGCAGUUCUUGUAUUACUGAAAAUUUAUUAUAUAUUUUAAAUACCUAUUUACGAAUUUUUCAUUUUUAUUUUUAAGUUUUUAUUAGUGAAAAUUUACUAAAGUUUUAUGGAGAUUUUACAUAAACAGGUUAUAGAAACUACAAAUAAAUAUGUAGAAAAAGAAA